AUGCUGCUGCGCAUGCAGCAGCCACAGACCGCAACAUGGGCAUCAUCAGUGAAACGCCAACUACCCAUAGUCCGCAGCCAAAUCCGAUUCUACAGUGACAAGGGCACAAACCCUCCUGUGGCUGCUCCUCCUCCUCCUCCCAACCCGCGCCAGCCCACUGUUGGCGACGCCUCUGCGCCAUCCGCCAUCUCCUCUGCGACCCCCGGCGUGUCUCAGCCCUUGAGUACCCCGGAAGGUGUCCACACAGAUGCGCAACCUGCUGCUUCCACAAAGCCUGCUGUUGAGCGCCCUCCCAGUAGCUGCCCCGCCGGCACCGUGAUGAACGGGUUAAAUUACUUCAAGAACAAGCCCGAUGUUGUCGCCAAGGAGGACUCGGAGUAUCCAGACUGGCUGUGGGAUCUCUUGACCGAUUCCAGCAAGCAAGCGAAGAGUGAAAAAGGCGGCGUCGAUCCAAGCACCUUGAACAAAAAGCAACGGAAGCGCUACGAGAAGAAACUCGCCGCUCGCACCGCCGUCCUCCCUCCCAAAAUCCCUGCCCACCACCAUGCCGAGGACAUUGUCCCGGCCCCUUAUAACCGCCAGACCAUCCCUGAAGACGCCAUGCUCGAUGCCACCGAAGGUCAAAUCAAGCGCUCCGAGGUCACCAAGAGCGCUCGCGAAGCCCGACGAAAGGCUAUCAAGGAAUCCAACUUCCUGCGCGGCCUGUAA